GAUCCCGCCGGCUGCAAUGUGAAGAAGCCAUCGAGCGUAUCCAAUGACCAGUCCGGUGGCCAUAAUCGGACCUACGCACAAUCUGCAAAUGAUGCUCUCCUGAUCCUACUCAACACCCUUGGGUCGUUUCUUCUCAUUUGUACUACGCAAACCCCACACGCCGUCCAUCACGCUGCACCAUGCUCAGCACCAAAUGUGUCUCUCGCACGACACUGCCCACACGCCACACCCCGCGACUAUGUAGGAACAUAUCAGCCAGAGCCCCGCGCUCUCAGGUUCGGGCCGCCGCGCACCCAUACGCACAGCGGCGGCAGCAGCAUUUUGUACGUUCCAUCGCCACUGUCGGUGCUCUCUGGGCCACUGCCACCGCAUGGCAGUGGGUCAAUGGCGAGUCAAUCUUAAGAGACGCCCAUGCCGAGGAACCAGAGGCGAUAGAGGGACCAGAGUUGCAGUUUGAGACCCCGCGGCGGCAGGCCACGUCCAGCGACGACAAUCGCAACAUAAUCAGUUCCCAGCACCUCCAGGUCAUCAAGAGCUGGGAGAACCCCGGAGUGUACGCAUGGGGUUCAAACACGGGAAAGGUUGUCGCACCCGAUUCCGACGAAAAGUACAUCAAGACUCCACGGCGGCUAAGCUUCUUCGAUGGCAAACUGCUGAGGGAUAUCAAGCUGGACAAAAACUUUGGGGCCGCUAUAGACGAGAAGGGCGAUCUCUUGCAAUGGGGCACAGCAUACGCCGAUGAUGUCAAGGAGCCUGUGAAAACUUUGACAGGGCGGAAUCUCAAGUCGCUGGCCAUUUCCCGCGAUCGCAUCAUUGGCCUCUCCAAUAACGGCUCGGUAUACUCGAUCCCUGUGUCCCAGGCAGAGCAAAAGGAAGGACCCAAACCCAAGUCCAAAUCGUGGAUCCCCUUCUGGGGAGGCUCCAACGACAUUUCGUACCGUGAACGCACACCUGGAAAUCUGGGAUGGAACGAGCGCGUGACAGACAUCUGCUCCGGCCUCGAGCACGCUCUCAUGCUCACCUCAUCCGGUCGCGUUUUUUCCUUUGCUUCAGGCUCCCAAAACUUCCCUAGCAAAGGCCAACUCGGCAUACCUGGACUUACGUGGGAGAACCGGCCGGCUGGUGCAUUUGACAUUCCCCACGAGAUUACGACACUCAAAGGCUUUCCCAUCAAGAAGAUUGCAACUGGCGACUACCACAGCCUGGUGUGCGACUCGGAGGGACGCGCUUUCACUUUUGGCGACAACACAGCUGGCCAACUUGGUUUCCCCUUUAAUGCAGAGGCGCAAAAUAUCGACGCACCGUCUCUGCUACCAACGCAAAAAUUCUACUCUGGACAGCAAGGCAAGGUGACCAAUGUGUUUGCUGGUGGCAACACAUCUUUCCUUGCCAUUGAAGCAACAAAGGGCAACAAGACGACGGCAGACACGUGGGCGUUUGGGUUUGGACUGACCGGUCAACUUGGCGUGGGCCGGUGGGUGCACGCCCAGGCCGAACCGGUAAAGGUACCGGCCUUCUCGGGCCUGUUUGAAUGGGAUGAAGCAAACAACAAGCCCAUCCCCAUCCGGCUCUCAACUAUUUCUGUCGGCGCCUCGCACGCAGCAGCCAUUCUAGACAACGUGGCCAGCGUAGCCGUAUCUGGCCGCAAAUCCAGACUCACGGAAAACGACACCAACUGGGGCCGCGACAUCCUGUUCUGGGGCAACAACGAGUUCUACCAGAUUGGAUCGGGCAAGCGCAGCAAUCUUGCGACACCGGCAUAUAUCCAGCCGCUGGACCAGGCGGCGGAGCAGGAGAGAGCGGCGUCUGCUACUGGGGGUGGUUUUGCAAGGCAGCUGAGAGAAAAGGAGAUGCAUCGGUUCCAGAUUACGCCGAGGAACAAGGUCAAGCUCAAGGGUAGGACGGUCGAGUUUGAGCAAAAAGUUGAGUGUGGAAGGGGUUGUACGGCGGUUUAUUCUGCUGUGUAGGCCUGCUUUGUGACUAACUCGUCUUUCUUUUGGUCUACGGUUGAUUGGAUACCGUAUUGUGUAUUUUAUGAUUGCCUUUUAGGGCAGUUUUUCAUGUGUGAAUAUCUCUCUCCUUCUCUGGACAUGUAGGGGAUGUGUAAAUGAGGGUGGUUGUGGUUAUUGGCGUCUUUUUAUUGUCGUGCAAGGACAAGGUAUAACUCACUCUCUUCAUAGUACACAGAUCUUUUCUCCAGAUACAGACUAUGAAAAUGUAAAUAAAUCACAAAAAAAACCAUUUAAAGUGA